UCCUCGGUGUGAUAACGCUAUUUUCGUGCAUAUUUUUCAAAUAUUUUUCAUAUUAUUUUGUAGAUAGGUAUGGGUACGCAAAUUCAAGUAUUCGACCAAAAUAUUUCCAAGCGGAUAUCUUAACUCAAGUUAUACGUACUUUAGGAUCAUAGUAUUGGAUUGAUAGUUUAGAUUUCUACCCUGUUUUCGGUCAAGUUACGAUGGUCUCAGAUACGUUACUAAUUCGGCAUUUACCCGCAUCUUUAACGUCGGAAGAAGUGAACGGAUUUUUGAAGCAUGUCGGAGCUAUUCGAGUGCAAAUUCGCGAAUCGCAACUCCGUAAAUACAAAUGCGCUUUCGCCAAAUUCAAAAAUGAACAAGUGGCUCGAGAAGUACUUUUACGGAUACAUCAGCGAGAAGUGCUCGAUAGCAGACUGAUAGUAGAAUUCGCGGAAAACGAUCAUCUCGACCACUGUGAAAAUGAGAAAAAGAAAAAAACUGACGAAGAGAAUGAGAAAAGUAAAAUGCGCGACACUUUUGUACGUAAUUUGAAUAAUUGGACGGCGGGAUUGAAUCUAACGUUACCACCUCCGUAUCACUUCAAGUAUCGCUACCCGGCGCCGACUGCACCGACUAUUCUCAAUAUCGCUAAUAUGUUGUCUUAUAACGUGAAAUUUUACACGCAAGUGGUACACUUGAUGAAUAAGAUGAACUUGCCUUCGCCGUUCGAAUCUACGUUCGUAUUGAACGAGAACGACGUUUUCAAUUCUUUCUUAAGCUACAUUCUCGAAAACGUUGAAAAGGAAGAAAAAGACGAAACGAGAGCGCCACUAAGUGCGGACGAAGAUUCGGAAAAAGAAAGCGAAUUAGAAAGCGACGACGACGGCGACGAAAAUACCGCCUGUUAUUCGAGUACAGCGUUUCCUCGUAAAAGAGCGUCUUCGCUUCGGCUUAUUAGCAAAUCGGCGAAAACAGCCAGACUGCAUAAGUCGACGAUUACGGUCCCUUCGAAAAAUAAAAACGUUCCGAUUGAGCAAGUUUUCGAGAAAUUUGAAGGGGAUACGGGCGUUAAAAAAAUUCGAGUAAACAUAAAUACCAAAAACUCGGAUAUUUGUCGUGCCCAAGAUACAAAUCCAGUCGUCGAUGAAAAAGACGAAGAAACCAAAGAUAGCGAUAACGGCGCUACGAAUCUCGAACAGAAUACCGAAAAGCAAUCUGUUCGAGAGACAGAUGCUACCGCCCAAGAUGGAGGCACCAUCACUGCCGAAGAAUUAGCGUCUAACAAAAUAUCCGAAAGAGAUUGGCAGAUGUUGCCGUUUUUCAAAAACUAUCAACCUGGAAUACCUUGCUGUAGAUUGUACGUAAAAAAUUUAUCCAAACACGUGGUCGUGUCAGAUUUGAAUUAUAUUUUCGGUCGUUAUUCGAAAGCGAAUUCCAACGAGCUUCAAUCGACGUUCAAUAUCCGUUUGAUGCAAGAAGGUAGAAUGAAAGGUCAAGCGUUUAUUACUCUUCCGAAUGUUGAGCUGGCAGAAUUAGCGUUGAAGGAAACCAACGGUUACAUUGUCAAGGGAAAACCAAUGGUCAUUCAGUUUGCGAAAAAAGCGGCCUCCCAGUAACUCAACUCUAAGUAUUUCAUGCAGUUAUUAUACAGUUGUGUUCGAUUAAUGAAGAAAGACUACGCGUAGAAUGUUUUAUUAGCAUCGCUAGUACGAGUGUUGCAAUUACAUCGACUAGUUCUUUCAGGCAAAAACGCGCAAAUUCGUAUGGGAAAUCGCGUUGCGUCAUCGCUAGCGAGAUUGCAUCAAACAAUUACCAAGAUUGUAAGCAGCAUAAUAUGUAUUUGCGAAUACCGCUGCCGGGAAUUCUUAAAAUUACAAUCAGACGAGAGAAAUUAUCGAUUAAUUUGUAUUUGUAAGAAUUGGAAAUAAAGAAUGAUAAUAAUAAUUAUAAUAAUAAUCACUAUAAUGAUGUCCGAGGAAAAGAAAAAAAAAAAUAAAGAAAAAAAAAAGGAAACAAAAUAGAAA